AUGCUGAAAUGCUUAAACUCGGAUGAAGCCAAAUAUGUUCUGGCCAAGAUACAUGAAGGAAUCAAUGGCCAUCACAUGGGAGGCAAGGAUUUGCCUCGAAAGGCCCUCCGAGCUGGUUAUUUUUGGCCGACCAUGGAGGCAUACUCUAAAGACCAUGUGAAGAAAUGUGAUAGCUGCCAGAAGCAUGCCAAGCUAAUUCUUUCACCACCUGAUGAACUGAAUUUUCAAGCAAGGAGACCAAGGUUGAAGAAGGCAGCAGCUGACCCUUCAGCCACUCACGCAAAUGGACAAGCUGAAGCAGUAAAUAAGGUAAUCGUGAAUGGUCUUAAAAAGCGAAUGUUCGAUGCUGAAGAAAGCUGGGUUCAUCAGCUCUACUUUUUCCUUUGGGGAUACAGAACGAUUACCCAAACUACAACAGGGGAAACUCCUUUCCGACUAACUUAUGGUUACGAGGCCAUGAUUCUUGAGGAAAUCGAAGAACCUUCUUGGAGGCAGAUGAAAAGUAGCGAGUAA